UUGCGCAUAUUAAUUUGGUAUGCCAAAUGAAUGUUUCUUUAGGCCAGCCAAACCGUAAUGGUACUUAUUUUUCUGUAUGAUAACAGACCAAGAAUCUAAGACUAAUUUCAGUUGGCCAGGAAUUUGAAGCUUAUGGUUUUGUGGGUAACUAGCUAGAUGAGUUUACCCCCAAAUUUGAGCAGGUGUGUUGUGAGAAUCCUAUCUGAAGACAGGGAUGAGUGUUAGACAACAUACAAUUUCAGUUAGUGGAGCUAUAUUGAGAUGGAGAGAACAUUUAAAAUUUGGACAUACAAAGAAGGUGAACCACCUUUGGUACAUGCUGGGCCACUUAAUUUGCUCUAUGCAAUAGAAGGCCACUUUAUUGAAGAAAUGGCGAGCAAAAGCAACCCCUUCGCAGCUCAAGACCCGAAUGAUGCCCAUGCGUUCUUCCUUCCCUUCAGUGUAGCCAAUAUGAAAAGUUUCCUUUACGUGCCCUUCAGUAGAGACUAUUCGCGUGCUCCCAUCAACCAUUUGGUUAUGGAUUAUGUUCGCAUCGUAUCAGAGAAAUACCAUUACUGGAACAGAAGUGGCGGGGGUGAUCAUUUCAUGGUCUCUUGCCAUGAUUGGGCACCUUUCGUAACCGAGGAAAAUCCAAGAUUAUUCAAGAAAUUCAUCAGGGUUCUUUGCAAUGCUAAUUCGUCAGAAAGUUUUGAGCCCGGAAGAGAUGUAUCGCUGCCGGAAUACAGAGUUGAGGGAACAAGUCUUUUGACCUCUACACAGUCUCGCGUUAGUGUUUCUAAUCGCUCCAUUCUUGCUUUCUUUGCUGGUGGAGGUCAUAGACCUAUAAGGAAGAUGUUACUUAAGCAUUGGUUAAACAAAGACAGUGAAUUACAAAUUCACGACUAUCUUCCCAAGGGACAAGAUUAUGGUGAAUUUAUGAUGCAAAGUAAAUAUUGUUUGUGUCCAAGUGGAUAUGAAGUUGCCAGUCCUAGAUUAGUCGAGGCAAUCCAUGCCGGAUGUGUUCCUGUUAUAAUGUCGGAUCAUUAUGUUCUUCCAUUUAGCGAUGUACUUGAUUGGAGCCAGUUCUCGAUACAAGUUUCAAUCGAAGAAAUACCCCAACUUAAGACGAUACUGCAGGCUAUAACAGAUGAGCAGUACCACAAAUUGCAGAAGAGGGUAAAACAAGUUCAACGGCAUUUCACUCUUAAUCGCCCGGCACAAAGGUUCGACAUUAUUCAUAUGAUACUUCAUUCAGUUUGGCUAAGGCGAUUAAAUGUUCAUCUACCAGCUUGAAAGUUGUCAUAAAAAUCCUUAAUUCCAAAAAAAAGAUCUUAAUUACGGAAAUUAUUAAAGUAUGAACUGGCAAAACAUGUACCUGGUAGUGGAUUCUUAGAUAAUUGUUGUACAAAUUCUUUCUCUUU